CAGCCGCUUCGUCUAAUGGCACCGACUCUCAGCCGGCACGCUGCUCCUUCGCUGUUUGAGCCGAGGACACAGAAGGCAGCUCCUCUCAUGGAGCCCUCUUAAAUAGCUCCACACGAGGGAGCUGCCAAAGGGGGGCGAAAACGGAGAAAAAGCAAGUACUGUGAAGAGAAGAAGCAGAAGGAGCUGCCAACAUCGCCGCUCCUGGGUUUGCUGGCGACCCAUGCUCUGCUCGAUGGCUAACUCAGGCUGCCUCCUGGUCUCCAACUCAGCCUUGCUCCCGCACUCUCUCCCUUGCCCCCCAGCCUUCCUCUACCUCCAGCAGGGUAAUCAGGACGCCACGGCUCCGCCUGACGCAAUGGCUCAGCCCUAUCCCCCGGCAACAUAUCCACCCCCACCACAGAAUGGUAUCCCUCCAGAGUAUGUUCCUCCACCACCACACCCGCAUCCAGCACAGGACUAUUCGGGGCAGAGCACAGUACCCGAGCAUGCCUUGACGCUCUACACCCCAGCACAGAGCCACUCCGAACAGCCGGGCACUGAUGCCAGCACGCAGUCCAUAGCAGGCACACAAACGGUACCGCAGACAGAUGAAGCAGCGCAGACAGACAGACAGACACUACACCUACCAGAGAAUGGUUCUGACAAACAGCAGCCGAAGCGGCUACACGUUUCCAACAUCCCUUUCCGCUUCCGGGACCCUGAUCUGCGGCAAAUGUUUGGGCAAUUUGGAAAGAUCCUGGAUGUUGAGAUCAUUUUCAAUGAGCGUGGUUCCAAGGGUUUUGGGUUUGUAACUUUUGAAACUAGUGCAGAUGCCGAUCGGGCACGGGAGAAGCUGAACGGCACCAUCGUAGAGGGACGCAAAAUUGAGGUCAACAAUGCCACCGCACGGGUCAUGACAAACAAAAAGGCAGCUAAUCCCUACACAAACGGCUGGAAGCUGAACCCUGUAGUGGGCGCCGUCUAUGGCCCUGAAUUCUAUGCAGUGACCGGUUUUCCAUAUCCAGCCACAGGAACCGCAGUAGCGUACAGGGGAACGCACUUAAGGGGCCGAGGACGCACAGUCUACAACACGUUCCGAGCAGCUCCCCCACCUCCACCCAUCCCCACUUACGGAGCAGUGGUUUACCAGGACGGAUUCUAUGGUGCUGAAAUUUAUGGGGGCUAUGCGGCCUACAGAUACGCCCAGCCUGCGGCAGCGGCAGCAACAGCUUACAGCGACAGUUACGGCAGAGUUUAUGCAGCUGCAGACCCUUACCACCACACUAUUGGCCCUGCUGCCACCUACAGCAUCGGCACCAUGGCUAGUCUAUACCGAGGAGGGUACAGCCGCUUCACUCCCUACUAGCAAGACAGACCCAGACCCUCCUCACAGUAGUAACACUGACUGCUCCUUAGAAAUCCAACCAAAACCCCGUGGACAUGGG